AUGAGAAACUUUAAUGAUUCUAUCCUUCGUCAACAAUUAGCGGUUAAAGAUCGUCAAUUAAUAUUAGCAGCAAAAUGUGGCAAAGUAUUAUUAGAGCAAAAGGAAGAAUUAGAAAGACAAAACGAGCAAUUAUCAAAAGAAUACGACCAAAAAAUUGAGCAUCUUGAACAAGAACGAUAUGAAUUAAAGAUUCACGUUGAACAAUUGCGUACAGAAUAUGAAAAUAAAAUUGCAGAAUUAUACGAUGAUGUAUCGCUAUUAAGACAAGAAUUGAAUAUAAAUCGACGUGAUAUACGACAAAGUGAUGAAAGAAAUGCAUGCAUUCUAAAUGAACUUAAUGAACAAAAUCAAAAAUUAUCAAAUGACUUACAAAAAAGUAAAACAUCAGAAAAUCGACUUCAAGAUCAAUUAAAAAUUGCACGAAAUCAAUCGGAUGCACGAUGUCAAGCUGUCAAUGAACAUAUGCAAGAUUUAACAAAAAUAAAACAACAAAUGGAUGAUUUAUCUAAUCAUUAUUGUGAAUUAGAACGCCAUUGUCGACAUAUUCGUGAAGAACGUGAUAUAUUAUCAAAUCGCUUAGAAGAAUCUGAUAGAACAAUUGAAGUAUUAGAAGAAGAUUGUCGAAACAAUGAAGAAUCUAAACUUCUACAACAGAAAGAAAUGGCGGACAUGCAGGCACUGAAUGCAGAAUUAAUAAAAAGAUUAGAUGGUCUUCGAUUUAAUCAAUCAUCGUUUAUGCAAGAAAUUGAAGAUUAUGCUAUAUGUGCAACACGUGCAAACUCUACGAUUGAUUACAUGGACGAUUUUGAAUGUGAUGAGUUGUUAUCACUUGAACACGAUCAUAAUCUAUUGUUAAGUGAUGAUUCAAACGAUAAUUAUAGCAAUGAAAAAUGUCUUCUAGAUGAAUUAUUGCAAACAGAAGAGUUCAAACGUGAAAUUGUUUACGUCUAUAAACAACUACGUUCUUUAUGUUUUGAAUUAGUCAGUCAUUAUUCGUUAUCAUCAACAAUAAGCGAUACGGCUGAUAAAGUGUACGAUCGACUACAAAAUGGAUGUCUCAUUGGAGUUUUGUACGAAUUAAAAAAUUUAAUCAAAGAUAUCGUUGAAAGAGAGAAAGAAGCUACAAAUCAAUUAACUGAAAUUACUCAUGAAUUAGACGAUUUUAAAAAUCAAAAAGAAAUAGCUGGUAUAUCUUCAGCUUCUACUGAUACAACCAGUUAUUGUUCAGCGGUAGAAACAGCUCAACAAAUAAAUUCAUCCUCUCAAAGUUCUACUUCCACUACUACUCAUGCAUAA